AUGUCCGGCUCGCUCCCGCGCUUCUCCAGCCUCCCCAGGGGCGUGUCGUUGCCGAGGGGCGUGUCGUUGCCGAGGGGCGUGUUGUCGUUGCCGAGGGGCGUGUCGUUGCCAAGGGGCGUGUCCCUGCCCCGUAUCCCGGCAGCAGCCACCCGUCGCUCCAUCGCCAUCGCCAUGACGACCGCCUCCAGCGCUCCUCGCAGACUGCUCCAGGACUGUUUCUCCGUGUGCGACCACCAGACGUCCCCCGGUCUGUGUGGAUGCUGUUGGGCGCUGAGGCCUCGCUACAAAAGACUGGUGGACAACAUCUUCCCUGAAAACCCCGAGGAGGGUCUGGUGAAGGUGAACAUGGAGAAGUUGACGUUUUUCGCUCUUUCGGCUCCAGAAAAACUUGACCGAAUCGCGGCUUAUCUGAGCGAAAGACUCACCAGAGACCUGCACCGCCACCGCUACGGGUACGUGGAGAUGUGUGUGGAGGCCCUGGAGCAGCUCUUGUGUGUGUGUCACUGUCAGAGCAUCAACCUGCUGGUGGAGAGUUUUCUGAGCACGCUCCGUCUGCUGCUGGAGACACAGCGCCCCCAGCUGCACGUGCGCGCAACUGACGCCUUUGUGAAGUUUGCGAAUCUGGACGAGGAUUCUCCCUCGUAUCAUCGAAGCUACGACUUUUUUGUGUCUCGAUUCAGUCAAAUGUGUCUCUGCCAGAACCCGGACCUGCACACCCAGAACCAGAUCCGGGUGUCGGGGAUUCGGGGUCUUCAGGGUGUGGUGAGGAAGGCCGUGGACUGUGAGCUUCAUGUGAACAUCUGGGAGCCUCUGCACAUGGAGCAGAUCGUCCCCGCCCUGCUGGUCAACCUGCGCUACUGCGACUCUGUAGACAGUGCGUCUCCAGUUGAACAGAGUGAAGUUUGUUUCAGAGAAUUAUUUGGACGAGCAGCGUACGGACACAUCACCAACGCCAUCCACCCUGUACUCAUGCACUUGGACAGUCAGAGUUUGUGGGAGGGAGGAGGUUUUGCUGUUCGUUGUUUCCAGAUCAUCAUGUUCUCCAUCCAGCCUCAACACUCUCACCUGGUGGUGCAGCAGCUCUUGGUUCAUCUUGACUCUCACAGUCGAUCUUCUGCUUCAGUUCGAGCUGGAAUCGUCGAGGUUUUGUCUGAGGCGGCGAUUAUCGGAGCCUCCGGGUCUAUAGGUCCGCGGGUCUUGGAGGUCUUUAACACUCUUCUUCGUCAGUUGAGGCAGAGCGUUGAUUAUGAACUCACCGGUUUCUACGACAACGCCAACAAACGACGAACCAGCUCUGUGGAGGAGCGAACCCUGCAGGACGCUGUCAUCCGGACCAUCGGCUCGUUCGCCCACACGUUGCCCGUCUAUCAGAGGUCAGAGGUCAUGCUCUUCAUCAUGGGGAAGAUUCCGGUGCCAGGGAUUUACCCCGACCUGGGCGCCCCCAACGCCGGGUUUGAAGGAAGUCGUAUGAUCCAGGUGAUGCUCCUCAAGUCUCUGCUGCAGGUCAGUCUCGAUGUGAAGGGUUCUAACCUCCUCUCAGCUCUUCCUUCUUCGUUCCUGGAGCCGCUCCUCAGCUUCACUCUGAUGGACGAACCUGAGAUCCGCCUCCUGCUGCUCCUCAUCCUCACCUCCCUCCUGGACCGAGCGCAGAACCGAGACCGACUCCAGACCAGUGUGGAGUUUGACGUUUCGGUUUUGGAGCUGAAGGAAGAACAUUCCAGACAGGACACACUCUUCAUGAGGAAGAAUGCUCCGAGUUUGUACCGUCACAUGUUCUUGGCGUUUAAGGAGGAGAGUAAUGGGCGGGACCAUUACCACGCCCUCUUCGUCCUAUUGGCUGUCGUCCUCCUGGAGCUGGCCAAUGAGGAGGUGCUGGUGGACCUCCUACGACUGGUCCUCGCUCUGCAGGAGCUGGCUCUGUCCAAUCAGGAGGGGUUAUCUGUGUUUAAUCGCUGUGGUAUCCAGGCAGUUUGUGCAGCGUUUCUCAGUCUGACCGGUCGACUCGGACCCCCAGACCUGAACAACUACAUCACACAGGUGGUGGAGAAUCGCAGGACAAAGGCUCCGUACUUUCUCCCAGAGUUUGUGUUCUGUGACUCAUCGAGUUUCCCAGAGGGGGCGCUGGAGGCGGAGCCAUGCUGUCUCUUCGACCAAUCACAGAUCUCUGAGGCGCUAACAGGAAGUCGCUACGGCGCUCACAUCGACAGACUCACCUGCCCCUACACGCCCCAACUCGCAGAUGAGGAGCGUCUCUCCAGGAGGAAGAGCAUCGGUGACGUCAUCUCACUGCAGAUGGACCUGAACCCAGACACCAGACUGGACUCACUACAGAAGCCUCAGACGGAGCAGAUCACAUUUGAGACUCUGAAAAACACCAUCGGUGAGUUUGAGUCUGGAGAUGAGCAGAGGAGGAGGAGGAGGCAGGUCACAGAGAAGUUCCAGACGGCGCCGUUUGAGGAGAUCGCUGCUCUCUGCGGGUCAAAGACGCUGCUCCAGGUCGGUCUCCAGCAGAUGUUUGAGAUGAUCAUCAGACCUCCUCCAUCUCCAUCUGCUCCAAAGUCCACACCGAUCUACGACAUCCAGUACCCAGACCUCUGUGUCUACUGA